GGUUUGGUCUGGAGCAGCUGAAACCGGUUUGAGUGGAGUCGCUUCCUGCCGCUCGGCGCCGCCCGGGGCUGCCUGGGGGAGCGCUGGCGAGGCGCUGACGGCGGGCGCCCGGCUUCUCGGCCCGCGGCCCUCGCUCUCGAGCGCAGCGGCGGCGACGGCGGUGACGGCGCGGACCCGCGGAGCAGGCAGCUCAACAUUGUAAAAUAAAUCCAUCAGAAUGACACCUUCUCAGGUUACUUUUGAAAUAAGAGGAACUCUUUUACCAGGAGAAGUUUUUGCCAUAUGUGGAAGCUGUGAUGCUUUGGGAAAUUGGAGUCCUCAGAAUGCUGUGGCUCUUCUUCCAGAAAAUGAGACAGGUGGUGAAAGCAUGUUAUGGAAAGCAGCCAUUGUACUCACUAGAGGAGUAUCAGUUCAGUAUCGCUACUUCAAAGGGUGCUUUUUAGAACCAAAGACUAUCGGUGGUCCAUGCCAAGUCAUAGUUCACAAGUGGGAGACUCAUCUACAACCACGAUCAAUAACCCCUUUAGAAAGUGAAAUUAUUAUUGACGAUGGACAAUUUGGAAUCCACAAUGGUGUUGAAACUCUGGAUUCUGGAUGGCUGACAUGUCAGACUGAAAUAAGAUUACGUUUGCAUUAUUCUGAAAAACCUCCUGUCUCAAUAACAAAGAAAAAAUUAAAAAAAUCUAGAUUUAGGGUAAAGCUGACACUAGAGGGCUUGGAAGAAGAUGAUGAUGAUAGGGUAUCUCCCACUGUUCUUCACAAAAUGUCCAACAGCCUAGAGAUAUCCUUAAUAAGCGACAAUGAGUUCAAGUGCAGGCAUUCACAGCCAGAGUGUGGGUAUGGCUUGCAGCCCGAUCGUUGGACAGAAUACAGCAUACAGACAAUGGAACCAGAUAACCUGGAACUAAUAUUUGAUUUUUUUGAGGAAGAUCUCAGUGAACAUGUAGUUCAGGGUGAUGCCCUUCCUGGACAUGUAGGGACAGCGUGCCUCUUAUCAUCCACCAUUGCCGAGAGUGGGAAGAGUGCUGGAAUUCUUACUCUUCCCAUCAUGAGCAGAAAUUCCAGAAAAACAAUAGGCAAAGUGAGAGUUGACUAUAUAAUUAUUAAGCCAUUACCAGGAUACAGUUGUGACAUGAAAUCUUCAUUUUCCAAGUAUUGGAAGCCGAGAACACCAUUGGAUGUUGGACAUCGAGGUGCAGGGAAUUCUACAACAACUGCUCAGCUUGCUAAAGUUCAAGAAAAUACUAUUGCUUCUUUAAGAAAUGCUGCUAGUCAUGGUGCAGCCUUUGUAGAAUUUGAUGUACAUCUUUCAAAAGAUUUUGUGCCUGUGGUGUAUCAUGAUCUUACCUGUUGUUUGACAAUGAAAAAGAAAUUUGAUGCUGAUCCAGUUGAAUUAUUUGAAAUUCCAGUAAAGGAAUUAACGUUUGACCAACUCCAGUUGUUAAAGCUCGCUCAUGUGACUGCUCUAAAAUCUAAAGAUCUGAAAGAAUCUGUGGUUGAGGAAGAAAAUUCGUUUUCUGAAAAUCAGCCGUUUCCUUCUCUUAAGAUGGUUUUAGAGUCUUUGCCAGAAGAUGUAGGGUUUAACAUAGAAAUAAAAUGGAUCUGCCAACAGAGGGAUGGAAUGUGGGAUGGUAACUUAUCAACAUAUUUUGACAUGAAUAUGUUUUUGGAUAUAAUUUUAAAAACUGUCUUAGAAAAUUCUGGGAAGAGGAGAAUAGUGUUUUCUUCAUUUGAUGCAGAUAUUUGCACAAUGGUUCGGCAGAAGCAGAACAAGUAUCCCAUAUUAUUUUUGACUCAAGGAAAAUCUGAUAUUUACCCUGAACUCAUGGACCUCAGAUCUCGGACAACCCCCAUUGCAAUGAGCUUUGCACAGUUUGAAAACCUACUGGGGAUAAAUGCACAUACUGAAGACCUGCUCAGAAACCCAUCCUAUAUUCAGGAGGCAAAAGCUAAGGGACUAGUCAUAUUCUGCUGGGGCGAUGAUACCAACGAUCCCGAAAACAGAAAGAAGCUGAAGGAACUUGGAGUUAAUGGUCUAAUUUAUGAUAGGAUAUAUGAUUGGAUGCCUGAACAGCCAAAUAUAUUCCAAGUGGAGCAGUUGGAACGCCUGAAGCAAGAAUUGCCAGAGCUUAAGAGCUGUUUGUGUCCCACCGUUAGCCGCUUUGUUCCCUCGUCUUUGUGUGGGGAGCCUGGUAUCCAUGUGGAUGCCAACGGCAUUGAUAACGUGGAGAGCGCUUAGUUUGUAUUGGGCAGAGGCCAUCUGGGGGCAUGCACCGCUGUUCUGGGUAUUGACUUUUCAUCAUCGAGCAUCGUUUAUCUAUGCCUUCUAGGUUUCUCAGUCCAAUGAAGCAAUAAUGAAGUAUUUUACUCUUUAACUACAGUUCUUGCUAGAAUCACGUAUGCUAUUUAAAUCACUUGGCCAGGUAUAAUUACCAGUCAGUCUCUUUACAAUGAGAAAAUUUGUUGGUUGACAAACCUAUUAAACUAAAUAUAUAAACAUAUAAUGUUAAACAGAUGUUCAUUAAAAGCAUAGUGCUUUGAAAUUAACUAUACAAAUAUAUUUACAGUUCUUACAGCUUUCAUUUGAUCAGGUCUGAAACAUUUAGCACUUGGGGAACAUGACUAUGCAUAAUUAUACCUGACCAUGGAAAAAAUUAAGUACCUCAAAUGCAUGCAUUUGCACUGGUGAUUCCAGCUGCACAAAUCUUUGUGCCAUCUAUGUAUAUAUGUAUUUUUUACGUGGAUUGACAUGCACAGACACCAUUUUCAUUCAGUAUGAACCUAGAGGCUGCUGCCUUCUCCCACUUAACCAAACCAGUGCCUGUGUAAACAGCCUGCAGGUGAUCCUUGAGAGCUUGUUGCAUAAGUCUUUCAAAAGUUGUUUUGCAUAAAGUUUCCAAAAAUGCUGCAGGGUAAUUUAAUGUAUAAAAUAUUAGAAGUAUGUACUGCAUACUUAAGAGAAUAGAUCAUAAUGUAUAAAUUCUAUUCAGUGCAUGCUUUAGGUUUUAAGCAUGAGAUUGUACACGUUUACUGUAAGUCCUUGCAUCUGUGGUGCUAGGUGAGUGUGAGAAGGUGUCAAGGACUGAAAAUAUUUUGUUGCCUAAAAAAAAAAAAAAAAAAAAAAAGCCUGUUUGUAGGCGUUUUCAGUAUGCUUAUUUUAAGUGUCUCUCACUACCUAUUACACACCAUUGCUUUGUGGGUUUGUUUUGUGUGUGUGUGUGUUGUACAGUAGUUAAAUCUCCAUGCAGAAAAAUAAAUGUCCUGAAUUCUCAUAUUGGUAAUCUUUAUUGGUUAAUAUGUAUCAGGCAUGUAAUUUGUUUAGAAAUGUAGAAGAUCCUUCUAAAUGUAUAUGCGUGUUUGUAGGAUUAUACUAAGGUUUCGUUCAUUAGAUGCUGAUUGUUUUGGCAUAACUGUAACUUAAGAACGAAUGUUAAAUAAAAUAUACAGAUUUAUUUUCUUCCUUAUAAAACAAAAUUUCAAGAAGGUAUUACUUUUAUAGACUUGAUUCUAUAAUAUUAUUAUGAGAAAUUGGAAUUUAGGAAUUGGAAUCCUACCCUAAAGUGAUGAGUUUAUUUGCAUCUGCCUUUUGCUGCAUGUUCUUCACUAGGCAAUUUAUUCAUGCAUUGAGAUGUUUUAGUAUUAGCUGAGAACCUAAGACUUGGAAUUACACAUUGUAUCUUUUUUUUUUAAGCCAAACAAUGCAAUUGUGUGAUUCAGUAUCGAUGAAUUAUGAGACUUAAUAUCAAUUGUGUGAAGGCAGGCUUUGAAUGCCCAUGGUGUUGUGCUAUAACAGUGAUAUUUAAUGGAAAAGAGUUUAGGAAAUGCAGUCUUCUGCAAGGGUUCUAUAUACUUUUCCCACAUUGAAUGAGAUUUUCCAACGCUUUGGUGUGACUUAGGCAGUUUUAGAAAACUCCUAAAAAGGAAUUUCAUUUUCUUUGUCUACAGACCUUGCUACAAUACAGUGACCGUUACCUUAUGGUGAGUUGAUUAGCCAUAGGUGUGCGUUUCCGGUCUUGUUCGUUUGCUCUCCUCCCCUGUGCCUUUCCAGUCCAGUGGCAAUGCAGCUCCAUGUUGAAGACUCACAGAUCAUUAAGGGAAAAGAGAGGUGAUGGGGCGAGGCAGGGAGUUUCCCAAACAGUGUCAUUUGCUGCAAAGAGCUUACACAAGGACUGCUUAUGCCCCAGACAGAACCUCACUGCUCCCUUUCUUUCCUGUCCCUUCCCGACCUUGCAAACCAGGGUUAGCAGGCAGUUAAGGCAUAGCAAGCAGUAGCUCCCCGUGGCUAUAGGACUGAGUCCAGGCUUCCGUAUCACUAGCUGUUGCCCUGUACGCUCUGCUCUGGCCACGCCACGCUCCUACACGAUUCCCUGUCUGUAGCCAUGUGCCCUCUGCCUGGAAGCCCUCUCCUCCCCACAGACUCUCUCCCUGCCAGACUCCUUUCUCCUGAGCCAACAACCUCUCUGAGUUCUUGCUGAAACUUCUGCAGAAGGGUGUGAAUCCAUCUUUUACUCCAUAGCCGUAUGUUCAUACCUUGGUCAUGCCAUGCGUCCUAGUGCAUUCUAGGUAGGCAUAGUUGUUUGUCUCACCUACCAGGCUGCGGGCUCUUUCAAGGGCAGGGAACUUGUCGUACUCUUUUUAUUUCCACAGUGCAUGGAACAUGGUAGAAAAUAAAUGUUGGAAUUGUCGAGAUAAUAUAAUUUGUAUCAAAUGUCCUUUUGAAUUAAGAGACUUAAUUAUGUUUACUAAGAAAGUAAACUUUGGUUUACAUUUUGACAGUUGGAACAGUUUGUUGAUACCAAUUUUAAAUGUAGAGGUAUAAUGUUCAGAUCAUUUUAUAUUUUCUGGAAAUUGAGUGCAAUGUUUGAUAAAAUGCCGCCAUUGUUCUCUGGUGUUUUCUACUCUCUGGAAUUAUGUACUGUAACUGACUGGAUGUAAAUGUGGGGAAUACAGUUCAUUCCUGUGUUGGUAGUGCGAAGGGCUGCCACAGCCACCCAUUACCUCACUCCCGUUGUCGCUUGUGUCUUCUCCCCUCCAGACCGCACGCUUACGCCUACCUCAGUACCGCUUUCCUUGUCUGAAAUGCCUUCUCUGUCUUCCUUCAGUGUCCAGCUCAGGUGCCACCUCCGUAAACCUUGGCUCAGCUUUUGAUCGAAAUCAUGAUGCAAACAGAUGCUUACAGCCUCUAAAUCUCACUACUUCAUUUUGCAGCUGGGCUACUAAACCCAGAGAAGUUAACUGACUUACCAGGUUGGGACUAAACUGGGUUUUGUGAUUCCUAAUUCUGUGUUCUUAAUCUACGCUGCCUUCCGAAUUCUUGUGGCAUUUGUUAGCAUGUGCUUUCUUACCGUUUUUUUUUUAAUGUGCCUGUUCUACUUCCCUAAGAUUGUAAGCCCCUUAAGGGCAGGGACUUCUUCGCAUUCCUAGCGCUGCUAUAGUGUUCUCUCCUUAGUUACGAACUAGACAAAUAAAUGGCGGUGGCAACGA